AUGGCUACUGCGUCGCCAGUCGUCGCGCCGUCCUCGCCGGCAUCUCCCCCGGCCCAGCCGAGCCCCAUGCCAGUAGCGCCCAACGCAGGUGCGGAUGGCCCCGCUGCGGGCGCAGGCCAUCAAGCAGCGGCAGAUCACACAGCAGGAAAUGCAAAUGUCAGUGGAGGCGGAGUGUCCGGAACGGCUCCGCCGGCUGGCCAGCGCCCCAAUGGAUUGAAUGCCGCGGCGUCGGCUGCAAACUUUGUCUCGCCGUCGCUGUACGUCGGAGACUUGCAUCAGGACGUGACGGAGGCGAUGCUGUUUGAAGUGUUCAAUUCCGUUGGUCCUGUCACGAGCAUUCGCGUUUGCCGUGACACGGUGACGAGGCGGAGCUUGGGGUAUGCGUACGUGAACUACCAGGGAAUUCAGGACGCUGAACGUAGCUUGGACACGCUGAACUACACCGUGAUCAAGGGCCAACCUUGCCGGAUCAUGUGGUGCCACAGAGACCCGUCGCUGCGCAAGAGUGGGAACGGCAACAUCUUUGUGAAGAACCUCGACAAGAACAUCGACAACAAGGCGCUGUACGACACCUUCAGUCUCUUUGGCAACAUCUUGUCCUGCAAAGUCGCAGUCGACGAGAACGGACACAGCAAGGGCUACGGCUUUGUCCACUACGAAAACGAAGAGAGCGCACGGUCUGCUAUCGACAAAGUGAACGGCAUGUUGAUCGGCGGCAAGACGGUGUAUGUCGGGCCCUUCAUUCGCCGAGCAGAACGCGACAACCUGGCGGAAACCAAGUACACGAAUGUGUACAUCAAGAACAUGCCUUCCGCGUGGGAGGACGAGGCGCGCCUGAGGGAGACAUUCGCCAAGUACGGAUCGAUCACUUCCCUCGUGGUGCGGAAGGACCCGAAGGGUCGCCUCUUCGCCUUCUGCAACUUUGCCGACCACGACAGCGCCAAGGCUGCGGUCGAGGCGCUGAAUGGGAAGCGCGUGACGGACGCAGGCGCCAUCAAGGAGGGAGAAGACAGUGGAGCGGAAGAGAAGGAUGAGGAGGGACAGAAACGCGAGGGCGAGCAGAUCUUGUUCGUUGGGCCCCAUCAGAGCAAGGCCCACCGCUCGGCGAUGUUGCGCGCCAAGUUCGAGCAGAUGAACCAGGACCGCAACGACCGGUUCCAAGGCGUGAACCUUUACAUCAAGAACAUGGACGACAGCAUUGACGACGAGAAGCUGCGCCAGCUUUUCGAGCCCUUUGGCUCCAUCACGAGUGCCAAAGUGAUGCGUGACGAGCGCGGAGUCUCACGGUGCUUCGGCUUUGUGUGCUUCAUGUCUCCGGAAGAGGCCACGAAGGCCGUCACCGAAAUGCACCUGAAGCUCGUCAAGGGGAAGCCGCUCUACGUGGGUCUCGCGGAGCGCCGCGAACAGCGGCUGAUGCGUCUCCAACAGCGCUUCCGUCUGCCUUCCCUCCGCCCGGCAGCCGCCCUCCCUGGGAACGUGGCGGCCGCGGCGGCAGCAGCCCAGCUUCAGUACGGAGGGGCCGCGCCCCAGCUCCAAGGCUUCGCUGGCCCCGGCGCGAUGUAUGCGCCUCGGCCGCUCAUGGGCUUCUCGCCGCAUCCGCACCAAGUCACUGCCGCCAUGCUGCCCUGGAGACAGCAGCAGGCUGGCGGGCAGUUCGCCUCUCAGGGCGUUCCGAUGCGACCGCAACUCGGGCCCCUGCAGCACCUUUACGGACAGACGAACGCCGCAGCAGCGGCUGUGGCAGCUGGCAUGCAUGCGGCAGCUGGUGGCCCGCCCAUGCAGAUGCUCCAGCAGCAACAGCGCGGUGGUCACCGCGGAGGAAUGGGUCGCCAAGGCGGUGCAGGCCCAGUGUUGAAUGGAAACAAGCAACACAUGAUGGGUCCCAAACCAGGAGCUGGACAGCAGCAGCCGCAGGGCGGUCCUGGCAGCUUCAAGUUCACUCCACAAGUGAGGAACCAGAGACUCGACCAACAGAUGCAGCCGCCUGCGGCUGUUCCAGCCCCACACAAUCACCAUCAGGUGAUGAUGGAGCAGUCUCAGCAGCUGCUCAUGAACCCCGACGCUCCGCUGACAGCUGCCGCCCUUGCGGCCGCGCAGCCCUCGAUGCAGAAGCAGAUGCUUGGAGAGAAACUCUUCCCCUUGAUUGCGCGCUACCAGCCUGAACUGGCCGGAAAGAUCACGGGCAUGAUGCUGGAAAUGGACAACGCCGAGUUGUUGAUUCUCCUGGAAAGUGAGGCCCAGCUGAAGGCCAAGGUCGACGAAGCGCUGCGGGUGCUCCAACAGGCCAGUUGA